GGCUAAUGUUCAAAUUUUAUCCGUAAUUCAGUAAUUCACGUAAAAUCUCCGUGAAUACCAAGCAACUGAACUUGGAUAAUUUCAUGCUUUGAGGCUAUAAAUUCCGGGAAUAUGAUAUUUACGGAAGUAACAUGGAGCGAUAAAACACGGAAUAAAUUAGUAAAUUGCUUUUCUAUUGACAAGCCUUCACAAAAUGUUUGUUAUAAAGAGCCUUUUUGGAUUAAUCCAAAAAUACCAAAGAAAAAAAAAUGUCUCAAAUAACUCCAAAAUUAACUUAUCAAGUAAAUUUACCUAAAUCGCUUGAAAUAGAAGAAGAUUAUUAUAGUCCUAUUUUUGGUACAAAUAAUAUGUUUUGGCGAAUAUUUAUACUUCUUGAAGACGAUGACUAUUAUGGACUUUAUUUACAGCCAGUUGCAAAUCAAGAUGAAAUUAUUUGGGGAGAACGUUCAAAAUUAACUUUCAAUUUAUUCGCAAAAGAAAUUAGAAAUGAUAAUCAAAUCAUUGAACUUUAUAGUAAAAGCUUUGCUAUACCUCCUGGUACCCCUAUUGAUAAUGAUCCUGGAUAUCGUUAUGCAAUUAGAAAAUCUUCACUUGAAAAUGGAGAAUUGAUAAUUGGAGCUAAUUUUGAUAACAUUGAAUAUAAUCAAAGCAAAACAUAUUAUCCUGAACCUAUUCCAAAGGAUCUUAUAGACGCAUGGAAAGAACAUUUAUUUAAUUUUCAAUCGGCUGACGUAGAAUUUGAUGUACAAGGUGAAAAAUUCUAUGCAUGUAGUUCAAUACUUUCCAAAAGAUCCGAAUAUUUUGAGAAAAUGUUAUCAGGUCAUUGGUUCGAAUCAACACUUAAUAAUUCGACAUGUCAAAUAAAACAUCGGAUUCAAAUUUCAACAUAUAGCCCAAUUACAAUUUCUGCCAUGCUCAAAUACUUUUACACAAAUCAAAUUCAAUGGACUAAUGAAGAUAAUGAUGAUUCUAUCGCUAUAGAAUUAUUUCGUUUAGCGGAUCAAUAUGUUUUAUUAGAUCUUCGAGAACGAGCAAAAACUAGGAUUUUAGACGAAUUAACAAUCUCAAAUGUAUCAAAAAUUAUGUUUAAUUUAGUCCCAAACUAUAAUGACUUAAAAAAACCAGUUUUAAAUUUUAUGGCAAUAAAUUUUGAGGAGGUUUAUCGAUCUCAAGAAUUUAAAGAAAUUUCGGCAAAUUUAGAAGAUUAUGAAAAUUUCAAUAUAACUUUAUUAGAAAUUUAUACUGAAUUUUUGAGAAUUAGAACUUUAUAUAAGAUCUUUUUUAAAUUUUGA